CAUAUAUCCUUUUGUCAAAGGCAUAUUUUUCCACUUUUCUAUUAUUGUAUAAAAGUUUAGCCAGUGGUUCGGUUCAGUUUUAGAUACUUAUCUGCAUUGGGAUGGCGAUUGGAAAAAGAUUCUUGGAUUACUCUGUACUACUCGACUUGGUUAGACAAUCGGGUUUAUUACUAUGUUUUGGAUGUUCAGUUUUAGCGAGCAAUUGGAUGUGUUUGAAGAUGAAAAUGAGAAGACGAUUACUCAAACUUAUUCUUUUUGUCACUACGUACGUUUGCCACAUUUCCAAUUCACCUGCCAACUUACAGCUGAGUCCAUAUUCCAUGCCAACGAUACCGGACAAGGCCGCCAAUGGAUUGGUUCGCCGAUGCCAAGAUCGGAGACUACCUAGUAGACGAUGGGCGAGCUUCCCACCUUCGGUUUCUGGAAGUCGCCAAGACCAUGAGAAUGCAACGUGGACUGGGUUGAACGAUACGACUGGUCUUCUCCCCUGUGCCUAUCCCGUAGCUACGAGGCCAAUAGGGUGGUCAUACACCUAUUUCUUUUCUAUGGCCGACAAGUUCAAAUCUAGAUCUCGCCGUUCCUGCAUGUUGACGAUAGCUAGAUUUCAAGGCUUAUGCCCACUUUUCAUCUCCGCGCGUUAAACCACACGUAGAUUGUCUAUCUAGAUACCUACCCAGGGAAUAUAUAAUAUGACGAGACACCCUUCUCCGUUGGAUUGAGAGCUAUUAGGCUC